AUGUCGGCCAAACGAAGAAAGCUAGAGCAUACGGGUGAUGGAGAGUCGUCUCCUGUGCAGAUCAAGAAGUCAGCGUCGAAGCCAAAAGCCGCCGCACCCUCCAGAACGUCAAGACCAGCCGCUGCCUCAGAGCCUCGAAGAAGUCACGAGCCGAGCAAGAGAGCCCAUUCCGAAGUCUCUGACGAUGAUGAGCAAGAAGAGCAGGACAGCGAGGAAGCUGAGAAAGCAGACGACGCUGCCAUUACGGCCAGUGAGGAUGUCGGAGUGGAAAAGACAUUUGCGGAUCUUGGAGUGAUAGACUCGCUGUGCGAUGCGUGUGCAUCGCUUGGCUUUACCAAGCCAACGGCCAUCCAGAGGGAGUCUAUACCGAUCGCACUCCAAGGCAAGGAUAUCAUUGGGUUGGCAGAAACAGGAAGCGGAAAGACUGCGGCCUUUGCCCUCCCCAUUCUUCAGGCUCUUCUAGACAAGCCACAGCCCAUGUUUGGACUCGUCCUUGCGCCCACUCGAGAAUUGGCAUACCAAAUCUCUCAGCAGUUCGAGGCGCUGGGAUCGCUCAUCAAUGUACGAUGCGCUGUUGUCGUAGGAGGUAUGGACAUGGUACCCCAGGCAAUUUCGCUGGCGAAGAAACCGCACAUCGUUGUUGCCACCCCGGGUCGACUGUUGGACCACCUCGAGAAUACCAAGGGCUUCUCUCUCCGACAAUUGAAGUAUUUGGUCAUGGAUGAAGCCGAUAGGUUACUCGAUCUUGACUUCGGCCCAAUUCUGGACAAGAUUCUUCAAGUUCUGCCCCGAGAACGUCGCACGAUGCUGUUCAGUGCAACCAUGAGCACCAAGCUGAACAAUCUCACUCGAGCAGCCCUACAGCAACCAGUGAGAGUGAGCAUCAGCAGCAGUAGCUAUCAAACUGUAAGCAUACACGCACAUGACUUUCAUCCAGCUCUUCAAGCGAGACUAACAUCAUCUUCUAGGUCAAAAACCUGAUGCAGAGGUACAUCUUCAUUCCUCACAAGUUCAAAGACAUCUACAUGGUGUAUCUGCUGAACGAGUUCGCGGGUCAGACCUGCAUCGUCUUCACAAGAACGAUCAACGAAACGCAGCGCAUCGCCUUCCUCCUCAGGGCACUUGGACGUUCUGCAAUCCCGCUGCAUGGCCAGAUGAAUCAGUCUGCUCGACUUGGAGCAUUGAAUAAGUUCCGGGGUGGCAGCCGAGAUAUAUUGGUGGCCACAGACGUUGCUGCUCGAGGUCUUGAUAUCCCUUCGGUGGACCUCGUGCUGAAUUUUGAUCUGCCACCAGACUCAAAGACGUAUGUACACCGCGUGGGACGCACGGCGAGAGCUGGAAAGUCUGGAGUUGCCAUCUCUAUCGUUACGCAGUACGACAUCGAGGUGUACCAGAGGAUUGAGCAUGCAUUGGGCAAAAAGCUCGAAGAGUACGCUGCUGAACGCGACGAAGUCAUGGUGUUUGCUCCACGGGUUGCCGAAGCGCAGCGUAUCGCCAUCACCGAAAUGAAGAACGAGCACGAGAAGAAGAAAGGGAAGAAGGGUGGCAUUGCUGGCGGGCGAGCCAAGAAGGGCGGCUCGUCGAGACGGGACGACAUGGACGUCGACGAAGGUUGA